GGGAGACAAACGUUUGGAUUUUCUUGAUUUUUAUGAAAACCAAACAAUUCGUUCGCAAGACAAACUCGCACUGUAUUAUUUAUCUGAUUAAUUUAUUAAUACUGCUAAUUAUUCAGCAAGCUUUAUAAGAACGUUCAUAGUAAUCACAUAAAUUGUUAUUGCUUCUCUCAUUAUUAUGAUCUUAGCUGUAUACGCUUAUAAAUAUGACAGUUGUGAAUUGCAAUAGUUGGGUAAGAGUUGUAAAAAAUAACAAUUAAAAGUCACAAAUCUUGAAUAAUGGAUAAAAUGAACAAGUUGAGUUCAUUUCUUGUUUAUCAAGUCAAUGUUAAAAUAUUAAUAAUUGUAUGCAAAUAAUUGAAUGCUAAUCAGCUCCCAUCGAAGCGAUAAACAAUAAACUGACAAUUACUUGAAAUGAAGAUUCCAUUAAGAAUCAUAUUCUUCUAGUCCCGUUCAGCCCUUUUGUUUGUUUUGAAGAUUGUGCCAGGUAAAUAUCAUCUCAAUUGUUAGUCAAUUUGAAAAACCAAUUUAUAAUUUAACGUUAUCUCAUUUCAAAUUUCUUUGUGGCCAUAUUAUGUUGUAUAAUAUUGACCAAAAUGCUGUUGAAAAGCUAUUCCACCAAUUAUAUAGAUUUGUUGAUCAAAAUACUGUUAAUAAAUUUUGUUGUAUUUAUUUUAAUCAAACUAAUUUCAUUAAUACGUUCAGUCAAGCGCUACCAGACUUUUGCCCAAAAAAAGGGGAACAUUUUAUUUGGUAAUUUAUUUGAAGUGCUUCCCAUUUUUGGUGAUAAAACACAUCUUGUCCGAAGCACACUUGAACGAUAUGCAAAAGACUUUGGACAAAUUGGUUAUGGCGUUUUCUGGUUGAGUUGGUUUCCAGUGAUUGGUGUAAUUGACUAUCAGCGGACUCAGGAAAUUUUGGCAAAACCAUCAAUUCUCGAAAAGGGAUUUCCUUUUGAAUAUUUGCGCUACUUUAUUGGUGAUGGAAUACUUUGUUCAUCAGCUUCUAAAUGGAAGGAACGAAAACGAAUGAUUCGCCCAAAAUUCACGGCUGCUUCAGUUUCCAAUUUUGUACCAACUGUCACAUUGAAGGGUCAGCUGCUAUUGAAAAAAUUGGAAUCUGUUGAAGGUACAUGUGUUGAUGUAACCAAAUUUGUUUCAUUGACUUCGUUAUCCAUCUUGAUAAAAAUAACCUUAGCUACUGAUGUCGAUGAAGAACGAUUAGUUUCCUUGGAUGAAUCUUUGAAAUGUUUCAUUAAAGGUACCCUUUUUAGAACCAUAAAUCCGUUUCUAUGGCCUGAUUGGUCGCAUAGCUUGUAUGGGUGUCUGACUGGUUUGAAUAGUAAAAUUGAACAGGUUGAUUUACUAGUGAAGGAAGCAAUCCUUAAUUAUUUGGUCAGCAAAACGGAAUCACAACCAGAAAACGGAAAAUUUGUCUAUCGAGCAGCUCUUGAUGAAUCUAUAAUGGUUUAUCUUUUUGACCAAAUAUUGAAUGAAACAGAAUCAGUUGAUCAAGCAAUUGAGGCAACAGUCGAAGAAAUGAAAACACUUUUCAUUGCUGGAUAUGAUGGACCAAAUAACGCUCUUGUUUGGUUAAUCUACGUUUUAGGCCUAAACAACGAUGUCCAGGAAAAAAUAUAUCAAGAGGUGGCUGAUUUUGAUGAACAUUUAGUGGAUUUAGAUGUAAUCAAACAAUGGACUUAUACGGAACAAUGUGUAAAAGAAAUAUUGAGACUUUUUCCUCCAGCGCCGUUUGCUUCUCGAUUAGUUACGGAAGAUGAACCUUUCAAUGAUAAAGUGUUGCCCAAAGGUGCUUUCAUUUUCUUCUCGAUUUACUCGAUCCAUAGAGAUGAAAGAAUUUAUUCAAAUGCGACAAAAUUUGAUCCAGAUCGGUUUGAACAAUCAAAUGCAUCUUCACUUCCAUCUGGCUCUUAUAUUCCUUUCGGUCUUCGUCCUCGGGAUUGUAUUGGUCAACGAUUUGCCAUGGUUCAGAUGAAAUUACUGGUUGCUUUGUUGGUUAAACAUUUUCAAAUCAAGUCCACGAAACCAUUUGAAGAGAUUGGCCAAGAAAUUGAUUUCACUCUAAAACCAACCGAACCUUUGUAUGCUUUUUUCAAUAAAAGGAAAAAUGAAUUGUACUUUUCUUGAUUGAUCUCAACUUUUUCCGAUUUUUAAA